UGGACAUUGAGUCGUAGUGAAUUUUAACAGUGACUUUGUCAGUGGCUUCAGCGCUGAGUCUGAAUUUCUAAGCACGAUGCACAGGGAAGGAGGUAGAUCACACAAAGCUAUUCAACCUCCCAUUGGUGUUGUUUAUAAUUUCUUGCAAAAGAAAGCACGUGUGAGGGUUUGGCUGUAUGAACAAUGUAACUUAAGAAUUGAAGGAGUUAUAAUUGGUUUUGACGAGUACAUGAACCUGGUGUUGGCUGACGCUUGUGAGAGGCAUAUGAAGUCAGGAGCUAAAAAACCUUUGGGCAGGAUCCUUUUAAAAGGAGAGACAAUAACGCUCGUUCAGGUUGCCAAUUAAUGGAGUUAUUUCAGACUUUAAUAAAUCACUUUUAAUAUACCCUGCUUUACUUAUCUCUUUAACGUGCCAGUCGUGACAAUUCAAUUUCUCAAUGAUAUCAUUCAUUAGAGGAUGUGACGAAGAUUAUUCUUACAUUUAUAUUUGACCUAUGAAGUCGUCUGAAACUAUCAUUUCCUGUUCGCUUUCUCAGCAAUAACUAAUCGUAUUAAUGAUUUUCAAACUAUUUGCAAAAUCACACUUACGGAGAUGUCAUUUGUGUUAUUAAAUGGGAAGGUAUUGAUUUGAAAGUCAACUAAUAGUUACGCUGACUCUGACUUGUAGGGUGAUCAUUAACCUAUAAAAGUUAAUUCAGCGAAAUUAGUGGCUCGAUGGUUCAUUUUCUUAUUCAUUUACAUCGUUAUUUUUGCAUAACUGACUUGACGCUGACGGACUAACACCACUUACCAUAAAAGCUGUUCCCGAAUGCUUGUCACAAGAAUAUGUUACUCGGCAUUUCAAUGUGUCGUAGGAGCUCCAUCUGAAGUUUUUUUAAUUGUUGUCCAGAUCGAAUACUCAAGCUUUUUAAAGCCAUAGCCGUACAGAAUUUCAAACCACCCUAGUGUGAAAAAUUGAUAUGUACAGUGAUAGUAUUGAUUUAACUGUUCAAUAGUGUGGCUAGCUACGUUUAUCCCAUCGAUUCAUUUAUUAUUGGUUUACUCUUAUCCUUCAGUAUGCAUAGCUGACUUAUAUGACGUACGAGCUCCUUUCACAAAUACUUCAAUAUAAUAUCGAAUAAAGUUUCACUUUGUUCUCACCGUAUGUAAAGUAUCUAAUUCUGAAGCUACUGUAAUGAAAUCCCAUAUUCUUACGAAAAUCUAUCAGUUCCGUUCGGCAAAUAAGUAACGACAGAUUAUAAAAUCCAAUAGCACGACGUGAAUGAGCCUGAAUAACGUUACAAAUGUAUUGUAUAUUUUGAAUCACUUGGAAGUAUUUUUCUUUCCAUCAGAUGUCAUAGUCCUUUAGUAGCACUGAACAACAAGCCAAGAUGUUUUCACCCUCUAAAUGCAAGCUGUUACUUCAGGAUUCGCCUGCGUCAACACCUAAACUAAGGAUAGGGAGUAAAGUAGUCGACCGUGCCAACAAUUUCACUUAUCUUGGAAGUCUGAUC